AUGAAUCCUCAACUUCAACCAAUUGAAUACGACACAACAUUAGCUGCUUGUGAUGCAACAAUUACUACAGUUCUAAAUGCAUUUUGUUCACCGGUAUUUCCCAUAUCAAAAGUUCAUUUAUCUUACCAAACAACAGAUGGAAAAAUAAGAAAGUUGCAAGAGUUUUUAGAUAACUGUAUCACACCAGAAAAAUCAAAAUGUGGUUACAAGUUGUCGGACACGUCAUGUGAAGGAAUAAAAGAAAUAAUUCCAACUAUUUCUGAACUACAUUUAUUUAUUGACAUAUUUUUCUGGGAAGGCGAAGAAAAUAGUUCGAAAAACAGAAGUUCUGAAACAACGGAACAAGUAAAAAUGAAACUAUGUGAUAUUCCACAAAUUUUAAUUCAUAAUUCAGUGACGUAUGAGCUAAGAGGCGUUAUAAGUUUUCACCUUGGCAAAUCUAAACUUCGAAACACCAUUGGUCAUUAUAAUGGAUACGCUAAAAGAGGUACCGGAAGUUGGGAUCUAUUCGAUGACCUGAAAAAAAAACCGAUACCCACCAAGGCGAGUAAAAUUGUUCCAGUUGAAACACUGAUGUAUACAAUUUAA